UAUCGCAGGGCUUUUAGCUUUUCAUUCCAUUCAUAGUCGGCCAUCAAUUCCAAAUUACCAACAAGAAGUUACCAGAAUCAUGCAGGCGAUUCCCAAAGGGAAACCAAAUUGCUUCAUGGAGAGCAGAGAAGGAAAGAACGCAAGAAGUGGGUUUGUUCCGCCUGAUAUUUGCCGCGUUCGCACCGCCGAAGAGGCGAAUAAGAAGGGAUUGCCUUUGUUAGAGAAGCUGGGAGAUAGUAGAAUUGAGUUGGGAAGCUAUUCCCCCGCAUUCUAUGGUGGAGGUUUAACGACGACUCAUCGGAAUAAUCAUCCGGCACCGAGCUGAAGUUAAACACAAGUUUGCAUGAGAUCGUGUACUUAAAGGUCAGUGAGCUGGGCACAGUAAAAAGAACAAGGGUUUCACGCUUCAUUUUCUCCGUUCUAAUUUGGGUUUCUUUGUGGAAUUAUGUUAAGUGAUCUGGAAUGAAAUGAAGCCCUUAAUGUCAAGUUCCCUUAUUACACUUUAAUGGUCAUUUUUAGUAGGCUAACUACUCUGGUAGACUGUCUCUAAUUUUCUACCCAUAUUCUUUUUGGCUUUUAGUCGUCCUUUUCUAAUUACUACUCGCUUCAUGACUAAUGUAAACUGAUUUGGAAGCUUCAUCACCAAAAUAAAGCCCACAAAACUUGAAAAGAAAUGGUAAAAAAAUUCAAAAGUAAACAUAAACGGAGUGAUUAGUGAAGGUUCUUUUUUUUUUUUUUUUUUGCUUUUGUGGGGGCAGAAUAUCCCUUUGCUCAAAUAUCGUUGACUUUCUUGAUGCAUUGUUCUGCAUUUAAAUUUAGAUAGGUAGAUGGCUUUAUAAAGUGGAAGUGCUCCCACUCAAGUUGAUGGGUUUAUCUGUGUUUAUGUCUUUCCCAGCACCAAUUCAGUAACAGUGGCCUUCUCUUGGCGAAACUGAAAUAUGCAUCGAUCUUGCAGCAAGCCAGCGUAGCAAAUUGUAAGUUAAAUCUUUAAAUGUUUAAUCCAAAUAGGCCGUUAACAGUAUGAAGUGCGUGCCUUCUGCUUAAAGAAUGUUCCAGUAAUUGUAUGAGAAUUGAGAAGUGAUUAUGUCCAUCUCCAUUCUUAUAUCCAAAAAAGUGUUUACUGCUGCCAAAAUGUUUAACAAGUAACUGGGUUUUGGGUGUAUACUUUCUUAACAGUUGUGUAUUUCAUCUAGCCAUUCAGUAUGGGAAGUUAGAGUUUUGAUCAUACCUUCUGUGUCGUUAAUUUCAUUAUAAGGUUUCUAAUUCUAACUUCUAGUAAUUGACACCAGUUCUUUCCUGUGAAUAAUCAGUUGCUGACCACUUUCUUGCUCCACUAGGAAUCAGGACGAGUGGAUCCAUGAUUAGAUGGAUUCGUUUAUCUGUUAUGAUCACCAUUCUAUCAUCAGAGGUCAUCCAGGAAGCUUCUGUUGUGCUUAUCAGCUUGUGAAACAGUAGAGUAUCUAUUCACUUCAGUGCACACUGAGAGAAGGCUGAUGCGUAUUCAAACUAAGGUUGAUGAAAAUGUCCCUGUCUCCAUGGCUCGCAUUAUGUUGUACUCGUGCCUGUCAGUUCCCUGAUGAAUCAAGUUCUAUUUUGGUCGCAAUUGAAUGGCUGGAAUUUAUAGUCUUGUCUCCCUGCUACCAGCGCGUCCUGCUUUCAGCCAUCGAUUUUAUCUUCUUAUUCACCAUUCUAAUCUCUUCCAUCAAACGUCUCUGCCUAAGGUUCAGUUCCAAUAGCAAUUACAAUUCUUCCACCAAUAAACCUCUUCUUGAAGAGGAAAGGUCUUAUGUCAAACUCACCCUUUGGUUCAAACUAUCUCUAUUUGCUGUGCUUCUGUUGGCUAUAUGCAGCACAACGUCUCUUUGCCUCUUGGCUAUCAGACAAAGUUCCAGCUCAUCAUGGAAGAUCACAGAGCCUGUGUUUAGAACCACCCAAGUAGUAACCUAUAUGGUAGUUCUAAUUCUGAUUGGACAUGAGAAGAAAGUUGGAGCAGUUACUCAUCCUUUGUCCUUGAGAAUUUAUUGGAUUGCCAAUUGCAUUAUCAUGAGCCUAUGUUCUCUGUCAGCCAUUAUCCGAUUCUUUUCUUUCAACCAAGGAAUUGAUCCUGACCUUAAGAUGGAUGAUAUGUUCUCUUUGGCCAGCUUUCCUUUGUAUAUUUUCCUAUGUGUAGUUGCUUUCCGGAGGUCUUCUGGUAUAAUCCUGAUUAGGGAGCGGGUUAAAAAUUCUAAAAAAUUGGAGUCCAAUAUCAGUGACUUUGCUUCAGCUUCUUGGUUUUCUAAAGUUGUGUGGCUUUGGAUGAAUCCGAUAUUGACUAAAGGACAUAAAAAUCCUCUGAAGUUGGAUGAUGUACCAACCCUUCCUCUUGAUCACCGAGCUGAAAGAAUGUCAGAACUCUUCGAAACUUAUUGGCCUCAACCACAGGAGGAUUUGAAGCAUCUAGUGGGAGUCACAUUACUCAAGUGCUUCUGGAAGGAACUUGUUUUCACCGGCUUCCUAGCAGUGGUUAAGUCAAUAGCAUUGUAUAUUGGUCCUGUCCUCAUUCAAGGUUUCGUUGAUGUGACAGCUGGACAGGGAAGCUCAGCAUACGAAGGAUACUAUCUGCUUUGUAUUCUCCUGAUUUCGAAAACAAUUGAAGUCCUUAGUACCCACCAUUUCGAUUUUCAUUCUGGAAAACAUGGGAUGUUAAUAAGAUCAAGCCUCAUGACUACUGUGUUCAAGAAAGGUCUUCGAUUAUCAUGUUCCUCUAGGCAAGCUAAUGGGGUUGGAAAGAUUGUGAACCACAUGGCUGUAGACGCUGACCAGGUGGCUGAAAUGAUGUCAAACGUGCAUGACAUAUGGUUAAUGCCAUUACAUAUUGCUCUUGCUUUAGUCCUGGUCUAUGCUUACAUGGGAGUCUCCACAUUUGCAGCAUUAGUUGCAGUUGUUGCAGCUUUAACUUAUUCUGUGAUGAGUACCCAUAAGACUAACAGUUACAUGAACAGUGUGAUGGAAGCCCGUGAUGCCAGGAUGCGAGCGACAAAUGAGAUGCUUAACAAUAUGCGUGCAAUCAAGUUCCAAGGUUGGGAAGAGCAUUUUAGCAAGAAAGUCCAAUCUUCUAGGGACCAAGAGUGUAGUUGGCUUAUCAGGUUCAUGAACACUUCAUCGGUUACCCUGGCUGUGAUAUUUAAUGCUCCUUAUGUGAUAUCAGCUCUCACUUUAUCAGCUGCAAUAUUGUUAGGCCUCACCCUUGAUGCAGGGACGGUAUUCACAUUAAUAACACUGUUAGGAGUAUUAGAAGAGCCGAUUCGCACCUUUCCAGAUGCGUUAAUCUCCUUCUCCCAGGCAAUAAUUUCUCUUGAAAGGUUAGACCUUUACCUGACUAGUUCAGACUUGGAUGGAUCAGUGGAAAGAGAAGAAGAAUGCAGUGAUAAUUCUAGUGUGAAGGUUCAACAGGGUAAUUUUUCUUGGGAUGAUAAUGGUGAUGAGAAAAUAUUGAUUGAUAUAAAUUUGGGAAUCCAAAAAGGGGAGCUUGUAGCAAUUGUUGGGACUGUAGGAUCGGGAAAGUCUUCCUUAUUGGCUUCAAUUCUUGGUGAAAUGCACAAAAUCACAGGGACGGUCUUGGUCAGUGGCACUACUGGGUAUGUGGCACAAACUCCAUGGAUCCAGCAUUGUACAAUUGAAGAAAACAUAUUGUUUGGUUUGCCAAUGGAUAGAGAAAGAUAUCAGGAAGUGUUGAGAGUUUGUUGCUUAGAGAAGGACUUGGAAAUGAUGGAGUUUGGCGACAAGACUGAAAUUGGUGAGCGAGGAAUCAAUCUCAGUGGUGGUCAGAAGCAACGGAUACAGUUGGCUAGAGCUGUGUAUCAAGAUUGUGAUAUCUAUUUUCUUGAUGAUAUAUUUAGCGCUGUUGAUGCUCAAACUGGAUCCGAAAUCUUCAAGGAAUGUGUGAGGGGAAUCCUUAAAGACAAAACUAUUUUACUAGUAACCCACCAAGUGGACUUCUUACAAUAUGCAGAUCUCAUAAUGCUGAUGCGAGAUGGGAUGAUUGUACAAUCUGGGAAGUACGAAAACCUUCUGAAAUCUGGCAUGGAUUUUGGAGCUCUUGUAGCUGCUCAUGAAAACUCCAUGAUGUCAGUAAAUAUGAACAACUCCACAACCGGAGAGUAUACUCAACAAACACAGCAGAGUUCUGAAAAUUCUUUGAUCCAAGGAAAACCAAACGGGGAUAGCAUUCAUUCGGAUCCUGAAGAUGGAUAUUCUGAAUUCUCUUCUGAAGAUGACUACUCAAAGCUCAUUGAAGAAGAAGAAAAAGAAACUGGUCAUAUUACCUGGGGACUGUAUACGCAGUACUGCACCAAAGCAUAUGGAUGGUGGGGAGUAGUUAUCAUGGUACUAGUUACUCUUAUGUGGCAGUCAUCUCUAACGGGCAGCGACUAUUGGCUGGCAUAUGAAACCUCUCCUGGUCGUUCUUUUACCCCUUUGAUAUUUAUUAGUCUAUAUUGGGUCAUUAUAGGGGUUUCUUGUCUAUGUAUUCUGGCUAGGGCAUACUUUGUUUCACAUUUAGGUCUUGCAAUUGCACAACGUUUCUUCAACGAAAUGCUCCAAAGCAUUUUGCACGCCCCAAUGUCUUUCUUUGAUACCACUCCUUCCGGAAGAAUCUUAACUCGAGCAUCACAUGAUCAAGAAAAUGUUGAUGUCUACAUUCCGUUGUUCUUUGGCUUCACAGUUAUGAUGUACUUUACCCUGUUCAGUGUUGUCCUCGUUACUUGUGUCUUCUCUUGGCCAACUGUAUUCCUCUUGAUUCCACUGUUUUGGCUAAAUAUCUGGUACAAGGGUUACUACCUUGCAUCAUCUCGCGAACUGACUCGGUUGGAUUCUGUUACAGAAGCACCAAUUAUCCAUAAUUUCUCAGAAACAAUAUCUGGUGCGAUGACAAUUCGUUGCUUUAGGAAACAGGGAAUGUUUUGUCAGGGAAAUAUUGACAGGGUAAAUGCAAAUUUGAGAAUGGAUUUCCAUAACAUUGGGGCUGCUGGAUGGAUGGGCUUCCGGUUGGAAUUGCUUGGAAGUUUGAUAUUUUGCAUUGCAACAUUGUUCGUGAUCAUUUCACCAAGUGCUAUAAUAAAACCAGAACUUGUUGGCAUGUUUCUUUCCUAUGGGCUUCCCCUCAAUUCAGUUCUGUUUUGGACCACCUACAUGGCUUGUUUUCUUGAGAAUCGGAUGGUUUCUGUCGAGAGAAUAAAGCAGUUCACUGAUACUCCAUCAGAAGCACCAUGGUGGAUCAUGAAUUUCAUUCCGGACCCUAAUUGGCCCAGCCAUGGCAACAUAGAGCUGGAGGACUUGCAGGUUAGGUACAGACCGAAUACACCCCUGGUUCUGAAAGGAAUAACCCUCACAAUUCUUGGAGGUGAAAAGGUUGGCAUUGUGGGGCGCACAGGAAGUGGGAAGUCAACUCUCAUUCAAGCGUUCUUCAGGCUUGUCGAGCCUUCAGAUGGGACAAUAACCAUUGAUGGCAUUGACAUCACCAAGCUAGGCCUCCAUGAUCUCAGGUCCCGUUUGGGAAUCAUUCCACAAGAACCUGUCCUCUUUGAAGGGACAGUGAGAAGCAACCUCGAUCCAAUUGGAUUGUAUUCGGAUGAAGAGAUAUGGCAGAGCCUCUACCGUUGUCAGCUUAAAGAUGUGGUGACUGCUAAGCCUGAAAAACUCGACGCUUUAGUGGCUAAUGGUGGAGACAACUGGAGCGUCGGACAAAGGCAACUUCUUUGCUUGGGUCGACUUCUGCUGAAGCACCAUUGUAAGGUCAUAUUCAUGGACGAAGCCACGGCUUCAGUUGAUUCCCAGACCGAUGCUGUGAUUCAGAGGAUCAUUAGGGAGGAUUUUACAGCCUGCACUAUCAUUAGCAUUGCUCACAGGAUACCGACAGUCAUGGACUGCAACCGGGUGUUGGUUAUGGAUGAUGGGCUGGCAGUGGAAUAUGAUGAACCAGCUGCAUUGCUUGAAAGACCGUCGCUGUUUAAGGCACUGGUCCAGGAGUAUACAAGGCGGUCGACAGGGUUUUGAUUGGUAAUUAACUCUAGUUAUAUAGGUAGGUUCAACGGCUACCUAUCCUUAGAGAAUUCAGUUCCACAAACCCCGUUGUUACUCCAUGGAAGGGAUGUAGGUAGAUAGAUCCAUCAACGCCUUUGUUUUGUUGACUCCAUUUGAGAAGAAAUUUUUGUCCAUGUUUGUUAAGAACCUUUAAUGUUUGUUCUAACUUUUGCCUUCACAUGUUUGAUUUCAGUCAUAGUAUGUCUAAAGUAAUUGCAGAUAGAACAACCUAUUAUGGUCUACUAAACUACAUGCAUUUAU